AGGUGCCGCACUGGGGUCUGGGCUGUGUCUCUGCGAGCUGCUCCCUGCUCAGGUGCAAAGAUGGGGCUCUUCACGUUUAUCAAGGUCAUGAUGAUCCUCUUCAACCUGGCCAUCUUUCUCGGUGGCGCGACCCUGCUGGGAGUUGGAAUCUGGGUCGUAGUGGAUGGAGAAUCGUUCUUCAAGAUAUUUGGGGCGAUUUCCACGAGCGUCCUGCAGGUUGUGAACGUCAGCUACUUCCUCAUCGUCAUCGGGGCCAUCCUGCUGAUCAUUGGAUUCCUGGGGUGCUGUGGAGCCCAGAAGGAGAGCAAGUGCCUCCUGAUGACGUUCUUCACAGUGGUGCUGAUCAUCUUCAUUGCUGAAAUUGCUGCUGCUGUGGUAGCUCUUGUCUACACUGGUCUCGCAGAAACGCUGCUGACAGCUACAGUGACUCCCCUGUUGAAGGAAAAGUUUGGGAAGGAGCCAAGUCUUACGCAGAUCUGGAAUGUCACCAUGAAUGAGCUCCAUUGCUGCGGCUUGAAUAACUACACAGACCUCUCCGAAUCUCCUUGGGUUGUGCAACGCAAAUCUUACCCUGCGCCCUGUUGCUCUGGAAAGCAACCAUGCAGUGAGAGCCUUGCUCAUCUAAGUGAUGUCCCGGGCUGUUUUGAUCAGCUCCUGACCGAGAUCAGGAAGAACUCGGGCGUGGUGGGUGGUGUGGCAGCCGGCAUCGCCGCCUUGGAGAUCGCAUCGAUGGUGGUUGCCAUGUACCUGUACUGCCGUCUAGAUGAGAAGUGACCCCCGCGCCUGCCUCGAGGGAGACCUGCCCCGCGGGCAGCAGCUGCAGCGCGGUGCUCCCGGGGGUCCCCGUCGCUCCCUGGGCCUGAUGCUGUCCUGCGCACUGUGAUUUAUACCUGUGGUUUGAUCUGCUGAGCUGGGAUCUGUAGAGUUCAUAUGUAUAUUUUUGUACUGAUACGGCACAAUGCACCUGUACAGAGAUUAUUUUUUUUUUAAAGUGUGGGGGGAGAAGUAGCUUUUCCAUCUUCGAUGGUGCUGAGGCUCGGUGCUCCCAGCCCUGGUGGUGUGGGACCUGUCCCCUGCUGCGUGCCCAGGCUCCCCGAGCAGUGCCAGCCUAUGAUUGUGAGCCCCUCGCCAGGGAAGCUGGAGGCUGGAGCCAGCCCCGCUGCCGGAGCCAGCCCCGCUGCAGGUGACAAUGUCACCUUCUCCUGGGGCUGGAAUCGCCCUCACCCGAUGCGGUGGUGGGAAGGGCUCGGAGCUGCUCUCUGCUGCCUGCCCUGGUGUGAUGUGCAACCCUACAGGUCCCUGCUCCCCCGGGCCGUGAUCGGGCCCUGUGCUGUGUUGUGAUUUCUGUGGCAGAACCCCCUGGCCUGGGGGCACAGCUCUAGGCUGUGAUGAAGGGGAGGAGAUGGGGAAAAAUUGUUCAUUUUUGAAUAUAAAUUAUUUUCUGGAGCUGAUCUCUUGUCUUCAAUAAAGACCUAUGACUACCA